AUGGAGAGUUUCAAGAAGUGGGCGUUGCAAUUCAGCCUGAUCCGGCAAAAAAGUGAAUGUCCUGUUACAGAGCGUGGAGGCUUUGCUAAUUGCUCUGUCAAAACCUUUUGCAAGGACCACUUUCCAAAUAUCACACCAGAGAACGAGCUGGAUCAUACUCUCGAAUACGUGAAAAAUGCGCUGACUUCAAUUUUUUCGGCUCGCAAAGUGAGAAUCUACGCGCUCGAUGACGUUAGCCAAAAGCUUGUCAUUAAGUUUUCAGACGAAAAACUGUCGAAGAGAAGUGUAGACCUGUUGUCAAGUACUGGACAGCAAGUUCUCGAUAAGGGGGGACCGAUUUGUGUUGAGAACGCGGCAGCAUUGCUGAGCGACGAGAUCGAUGAAAAUGACGUGGCACGAGAAUUGUAUCACCCAGAUACUAUCAUUCUCGCAGCUCCAUUUCUCGAGUUUGAUGCUAUGCAAACGAAUGGCAGAUCAAUAGGGACGGCCAAGGUUGUGGGUGUUCUGGAGAUUGUCAUUGAACCGAGCGACCUUGAAGGUGAUGUUAGCUCAGCCACCAGCAACGAUUUCUGUAUCCUUGAAUUUGUCACUGAGGAGAUUGGUCGUUAUCUCUUUUUCCACUACGAACGCUUCUUUGACGUGUCGUCACUAGCCCCGACACAGCCACUCCCAACAGGGAGCAGCGAGUUGGGAAACACAGAGUUGUUUCCUUCACCUCCCGAAGGUCCAGUUUUGCAGGAUCAUCGACACCUCGUUCUUAACAUCGGCAAGGUGAAAUUGAGUGUUCCAGAGACUGUUACGCUCGCGAAAAUUAGUAUCCAGCAUGGAUCUACAGUUCUGUACGAGACCAGCACAUUGCUGCGGUAUGAAUCCCACCGCGAUUCUCAUGGAGAUAAAUCGCACCUGUCUUCUCGUGAGGUCAGUUGCGAUCCAAGCAGUGGCAUUGAAAUGGGUUUACGUCUGAUCGAUAUGCCCCAUGGUUCACAUUUAAAGUUAACCUUCACUACUAAGACAGGAGACGUGGUUGCGUGGAGUGGACUCCACUUAUUCGACUUCGGACAUACCUUACGAACCGGAACUACACUCAUGGAUAUCGUGGUGCUUCCUACUGGAUCGGGGAUUAUCACGCCUCUGGACAUUGAGAACUGCUUGCGUCAUGAUAAGCUCAACCACCAGAGAGUUGGUAGUAUGGAGAUCACCUUGGAAUGUUCAGGCUCGUGUCCUCAAUCGUUUGCUUUCUCGAGUAUUUCGACUAAGAAGAAGAGCAUCGCCUUCCGAGCGUCUAUCUUUUUCAAGCGCGACAGUGAGCGGAAGUCAGGAGCCCACGAGACCCCGUCCUUAGAGAAUAUUCCAAUGGACAAGCAGAAGCUCUUACAGCGACUGAGAAGAGAUCCUCUCGUUGAUUUGUUUAUUGAGGAUCGGACGUUCAUUUGGACUUCACGGUUGAUGUUGAUGGAAGAUUCGGCACUGCUUCCAGCGUUUCUACUGUCUGUAGAUUGGGGCAAUCGAGAGCAAGUACUGGAAGCGUAUCGGUUGCUGUUGCACUGGAAACAACCGACUUAUCUGCAAGCUCUUCAGUUACUGAGUCCGCUCUAUUCGGACCCUAAAGUGCGCGCUUACGCUGUCCGCUGCAUGCACGCACUGCCCGAUUAUCGACUGCAAUUGUAUCUCCUCCAACUAGUUCAAGCACUAAAGAACGAGCGUUACCACGAUUCAGCACUUGCUCGGUUCUUACUGAUGCGUGCACUAACGAAUCCGCCACAAAUCGGUUAUUUGCUGUAUUGGUUCCUCAAGGCGGAAUCGCACAACCAGCAAACAGCAGAACGCUUCAACCUCAUCUCGUCCCAAUAUCUCCAGCUUUGUGGGAACUACAAGUUAGAGAUCCGUCAAUCGGUAUACGUAAUGAAGAAACUCGAGGAGGUCGCUGCAAUCGUGAAGGGUGAAUCUUCAUCAACAGCUCGUAAGGAGAAGCUGCACAAGGCGUUGGAAGCUGUCGUCUUUCCUGACACAUUCCAGCUCCCCCUUCAACCAAGAUCCUACUGCACCCGCGUCAUUGUGGAGAAUUGUCGAGUAAUGGAAUCCAAGAAACGUCCACUGUUCUUACAGUUUGAGAGCGCCAAGGCUCAACAUGGACGACCGUAUGUGAUCUUCAAAGCUGGUGACGAUCUCCGUCAGGACCAAUUGGUGCUGCAAAUACUUCGCGUUAUGGAUGAUCUAUGGCGAGAGGCUGGACUUGAUCUUUGUCUAUUACCGUAUGCCUGCAUCUCCACGGGUGACGAAAUCGGUAUGAUUGAAGUAGUUGGAGACGCAGAGACACUGGCGAGCAUCAUAUAUGCUCGUCAUGCAAAGUCGAUAACUAAACUCGGCCGGAAACUCAAUGCAGCGAGAGAUGCGCUUAUCAAGGACGGUGUUCUAUCGGAUUGGUUGUUCAAGCAACCGAGCUCGCCGAAAGAUAAAGUUAGAGCCACCUCUGCGGACGUUGCGCUUGAUUCUGUAUCUCCAACCGGUUCAGCUAGCCCAGCGAAGGAAGAGCGUGCUCGAUCGGUUUCCUCGUGUUUUCCAAUUUCUCCUCGUCGACGUAAAAAAUCAACGUCUACUCGAGAUUUCGAGACAACGCAGAAUUUCGUACGUUCCUGUGCAGGAUACUGUGUGGCUACUUACGUUCUGGGCAUCGGAGACCGUCACAAUGACAAUAUCAUGUUACAGCGCUCCGGUAAGUUUUUCCACAUCGACUUUGGACAUUUUCUGGGAAACUUUAAAUCGAAGUUGGGCGUGAAGCGUGAACGUGCUCCGUUCGUGUUCACUCCCUCGAUGUUGGAUACUAUGGGAGGAAAGAAAAGCGAGAACUAUCAACAAUUCCAGAAACUCGCUUGCGAAGCGUUUCAGGUGCUGCGUACCAACGCGAAUCUGCUCGUUACGCUGCUGGUUUUGGCACUUACGUGCGGCAUUCCAGAGCUUCAUAGUGCUAAUUGCAUUAAGUGGGUGCACAAGACUCUCAUGCUUGACCUGCCAGACGAUGAGGCCUGUGAAGCCUUCAAGAAGCUCAUCCACGUGGCACUACACACUACCACCACCAAGCUCAACGACGCUGUGCACCUCAUGGCGCACUAAACAUCGCCGAGUAAAGUUACACCGAACUACACAUCCAUAAAAAAUACUUGAAAUGUAAUUCACUACGCGGAUUGCUUCACCUUAUCAGAC